GGAAGAAAGAGGGAGAGAGAACUAGCGCAAGUUAAUGCAGCUAGUUCAGGGAAAAAGAACCGACCUGAGAUCUCCAAGAUAAAAUCUGAAUUUAUUCUUGAUCUCUGUGGACCUAGUAAGUGAUAUUGAAUGCCUUUGGGCAACCUGUAAAUUAUUCUUGAGUAAACGAGUGAUUCCUGUGGAGCCUUAACCUGCAUUAAUAUCCAAAUAAUGUACUAAAGGACGUAAAAAUCAAAAGUUGAAAACUGUUGUCUAUGAAAAUAGUAUAACAAUGGAACAACUGCAGACUGCAUUGACAGCUAUCAAAGUCCUUCGUUCUAGUGUCGGGCAAGUGUUUGAGUCCCUUGGAAAUGGCCUACGCGCAGAACAUGGGGAGGACAACAAAGAAUCCAAGUAUCUGCUUGAGUUGCAGGAAUUGUUGACCACGGUAAAUCUUAAUCUCAGGGAUGUAGAACAAGCAGUGAGCAGUUUAAACCCACCACCAGGUCCAUUUAAUUUAGCCAGCACGACUUACCUUAGCCAAGAGACCACGCAAGAGAGACAGGCGCUUUAUAGCACGCUUGUUAACAGCUACAAGUGGACGGACAAGAUCCACGAGUACAGCAAUAUCGCGCAGGCGUUACUCAGUCAAAAUUCCCUGAAGAGAUCUUACACAACGUCGAGCAGAGCUAAGAGGGGAAGAAUUCCAACCAGCAAUCACAAUGUACCUCAGCAGCAAGUCGAUAACAUGAUAUCAACGUUCGACCGGCUGUUCAGCGACAUGACGGUGUCUGUGUCGCGUCCGUUCGCGUCGAACGCGGUAUUGCACGUCACUCUGGGGCACGUUCUCCAGGCGGUGAUUGCGUUCAAGGGUCUGAUGAUAGAGUGGGUCGUAGUCAAGGGUUAUGGCGAGACGAUGGAUCUGUGGACGGAGUCCAGAUACAAGGUUUUCCGCAAAGUAACUGAGAACGCGAACGCCGCAAUGCUGCACUUUUACUCACCCACGUUGCCCGAGCUGGCGGUGCGGUCGUUCAUGACGUGGUUUCACAGUCUGAACAAUUUGUUCAGCGAGCCUUGCAAACGCUGCGGCCUGCACUUGCACAGCGCACUGCCACCGACCUGGAGAGACUUCCGAACCCUGGAGCCUUAUCACCAGGAGUGCAAGCCGUAAGACGCACAGCGUCUCUUGCGUUUUAAUCGACUAGACUUCCAUUCCAGCGAUCAUUCGUCCGACAUUCAUCAUUGUAUAUAUCAGGAAACGAUAAGAGGUCAUUAAUAAAGUAUAUAUUUCAUUCA